AUGAUCAACUCCACACAGGUUUCAUAUUUCACACUUGCUGCCUAUGUUGACACUGGAGUUUUUAAAUAUUUGUAUUUUAUGAUCAUUUUGUCUUUAUAUAUGUUAAUAGUUUGUGCCAAUGUUUUGCUCAUUGUGGUUAUCUGUAUGAACAGAAGCUUACAUGAACCUAUGUACCUUUUUCUGUGCAGCCUGUUUGUAAAUGAACUGUUUGGUAGUACAGGGUUGUUUCCAUUCCUUCUGGUUCAGAUCCUCUCUGACAUUCACACUGUUUCUGUUUUCUUUUGUUUCCUGCAGAUUUUAUGGUUGUAUUCUUAUGUGUGUGUUGAAUUUUUAAACUUAUUCCUCAUGGCUUAUGACAGAUACCUCGCUAUCUGUUUUCCUCUGCAAUAUAACACACGUAUGACCACUAAGAAGGUUGCUACACUUAUCACUGUAACGUGGUUAUUCUCUUUUCUUGCAAUUCUUGUUUUGAUAUCUUUGAGUGCUCCUUUACAGCUGUGUGGAAACAUCAUUAACAAAGUUUACUGUGGAAACUACCACAUUGUUAAACUGGCAUGCUCUGACACCACAAUCAAUAACAUCUAUGGACUCAUUUACACUGUUAUUUCAGUCAUUAUUCCUCUCAUUUUAAUUUUUUACACGUACUUAAGGAUUCUUAAAGUUUGUUUUUCUGGUUCUAAACAGACCAGAAGGAAAGCUGUCAGUACCUGCACACCUCACCUUGCUUCCCUGCUCAACUUCUCUUUUGGGUGUUGUUUUCAAAUAUUACUGAGCAGGUUUGAAUUGAGCAGUUUGCCCAAUGUGCUGCAAGUCAUUCUGUCAUUAUAUUUCGUAACAUGCCAGCCGCUCUUCACUCCUGUACUGUAUGGGCUGAAAAUGUCCAAAAUCCGUCUGAUAUGUAAACGUCUGUUGUGUGGUAAAGUGUAG